GGGUUUUGCAGUCUCCUGAUUUCCUCUUGCCCCCCAAGGAGCCAGCAUGGGCAAUCUCCUUUGUAGCUUCAGGAGCAGGUCUGUUGCCCUGAAGGUUGCAUUCUGAGCUGAGGAGUAUAAAGGUAACCACUUGUUUUUCCUUUCAAAGAUCUGCCCCAAAGAUAGGCUGCAGCUCUCCUGGAAAGCCUGAUCGGUAGGAUUCCUUCAGGGGCUCAGCCCAAAGUGCUUCCUCCCAUCCCCUCUCCAACUUCCAAGCCAAAGCUUGCCAAGAACCUCUGGAAGGAAACCUGCUGGAUUCUAGCAUUUCGCACAAAUGGCUAAUCCUGGAGGUGGUGCUAUUUGCAAUGGGAAUCUGCACAAUCACGAGAAACAGAGCGACGGCUCAGCCAGUGGAAACUGCGCGAAGAAUGGGAUAGUAAAAGAAGCCCAGCAAAAUGGGUGGCCACAUGUUUACGAUAAGCCACUUGUUGAAUCCUUUGAGGAAGCACCUCUUCAUGUGAUGGUUUUCACUUACUUGGGAUAUGGACUUGGAACCCUAUUUGGCUAUCUGAGAGACUUUUUGAGGAGCUGUGGAAUAGAAAAGUGUAACGCAGCCAUAGAGCGAGAAGAACAAAAAGAUUUUGUGCCGCUUUAUCAAAACUUUGAGAAUUUUUACACGCGGAACCUGUACAUGAGAAUCAGAGACAACUGGAACCGGCCCAUCUGCAGUGCCCCGGGGUCUCGGUUUGAUGUGAUGGAGAGGGUGUCGGAUGACUACAACUGGACAUUUAGGUUCACUGGAAGAAUCAUCAAAGAUGUCAUCAACAUGGGCUCAUACAACUUCCUUGGCCUGGCUGCCAGUUAUGAUGAAUCUAUGAGGACAGUAAAGGACGUUUUAGAGGAGUAUGGCUUAGGUGUGGCCAGCACCAGACAUGAAAUGGGAACCUUGGAUAAGCAUGAAGAAUUGGAGAACCUUGUGGCUAAAUUCCUGAAUGUAGAAGCAGCUAUGGUCUUUGGGAUGGGAUUUGCAACUAACUCAAUGAAUAUCCCUGCACUAGUCGGAAAGGGAUGCCUCAUUUUAAGUGAUGAGUUAAAUCAUGCAUCUCUUGUACUUGGGGCCCGACUCUCAGGUGCAACCAUAAGGAUCUUCAAACACAACAACAUGCAAAGCCUUGAGAAGCUCCUGAGAGAUGCUGUAAUCUACGGCCAGCCUCGAAUCCGCAGAGCCUGGAAGAAGAUUCUCAUCCUAGUGGAGGGCAUCUACAGCAUGGAAGGUUCCAUCGUGCAUCUGCCUCAGAUCGUGGCUCUAAAGAAGAAAUAUAAGGCUUACCUCUACAUAGAUGAAGCUCACAGUAUUGGGUCCGUGGGCCCAACUGGCCGGGGUGUUGUAGAAUUCUUUGGACUGGACCCUCGAGAUGUUGAUGUGCUUAUGGGCACAUUCACCAAAAGCUUUGGAGCCUCAGGAGGUUACAUAGCUGGAAGGAAGGACCUUGUGGAUUAUUUACGAGUUCACUCACACAGUGCUGUUUAUGCUACAUCCAUGAGCCCCCCAAUAGCAGAGCAAAUCAUCAGAUCAAUGAAAUUUAUCAUGGGACUGGAUGGGACCACACAAGGGUUGCAGAGAGUACGACAACUUGCAAAAAACACAAGAUACUUCAGACAGAGACUGAAUGAAAUGGGAUUCAUUAUCUAUGGCAAUGAGGAGUCUCCCGUCAUCCCUCUGCUCCUUUACAUGCCUGCUAAAGUAGCGGCUUUUGCAAGGCAUCUAUUAAAUAGAAAAAUCGGGGUGGUGGUCGUUGGAUUUCCAGCUACUCCCCUCGCAGAAGCUCGGGCUCGGUUUUGUGUUUCAGCAGCACAUACCCGGGAGAUGCUAGACACAGUUUUGGAAAACCUGGAUGAAAUGGGUGAUCUCCUACAACUGAAGUAUUCUCGGCACAGGAAGUCAGCACGCCCCGAACUCUACGAUGAGACAAGCUUUGAACUGGAUGAUUAAGUCUCCUGGUCCUGAAUUGCACCUAAAGACUUUGCCAGAAAACCCCCCCUUUUUGCCUCAAAAGGAAUAUAAAUGGAUUUCUCCCCCUUUUCUAAGGACAAUUUUGGUUUCCAAACCAGCUUAAUUGAAUGAAGGAAAUGUUGUGUUUUUAAUGUCUCCAGCUUGGGAUGGCAGAGACAAAAAUAUGGUUCCAGAUUUUAAAAAUUUUCUCCUUUCCCAGUAUCCUGCUACAGUACAUCACACACACACACACACACACACACACACACACACACACACACACUUCCUAGAACAUUUUUAAUGGCAAUGAGCCUGUGUUUUCACUGCUACUGUGCAGACUCUCUGGUCCAGACUCUUUCAGGCAUUCCAACCAAAUGAGAGGGUUUUGAUUUUUAAUUCAGUAGAUCUCAUUAUGGGUGUAUUUAUUUCAUCUGCAGACGUGAGCAAGCGUGGUGGACAGUAGCUGACCUCCUUGUUUCACCCAUGAAUGCCCCAGCUAGAACUCUUCUGUAUCGUGGGGAGCCCCAGGCAGGAGAGUAAAGAAAUGUUGCUUCUACCAUUUGCCACAUUUGGACUUUUCCAAGGACGAGUGUCAAAAGCCAUAGUUAAUGUUUGGAGGGAGAGAGCAGGACUGGCCAGCAGUGACUCCAAACUUCUUUGAAGGAAACUUUCCUUUUCCUCUUGCUGGUCUCCUACAGUUUUACAGCUGAGCUUUUGAGGUUUGGAAAACUCAAGACUUUUGUUUCAUAAGGAAGGGGGCAGAAAGCAAACACAAACCAAUUGUAGGCUUAGAUUCAAACUGUAAUGUUAUGACAACUGGAAGGUUGUUGGUGCCAUGUGAGUGAAUGUUUAGCUUGCAUACAUAACCCUUAUUACGUUAAAGAAUGAGUUGUCAUUUUCCUAUUAAAUUUUGAGUAAAUGGUGAGAUGUAGUUUCCUUUAGAGUUGACUCGCAAGACUAUACUUGAAUGUAUUAAUCCAAAAAUGACAUUAAAAGCAAAUUCUAUUCAACUUUUUCAAGACUGACACCCCCAUUCAGGCCUAUUAAAUAGUCCUUACUGUCUGCUGGCACACGCAAUCCAAUUUUGGUAUAAAAUGGGUUCACACACUAUUGAGCAAAGAACUGUAAUUUCCUUGAGUUCUCUCUGUCUGUCUCUCUCUCUCUUCCUCUGUCUGUCUCUCUUUCUAAAUGUGAACACGAAUUUAUCUGGAAUAGUACCUUUUUGCUAAUUGGUUCUCGUUGGUAUGGAAAAAGCCAGUGGAAAACCUUAUCUUUAACAAGCUCCCAUAUGGUUCCCAGAUUUGGAAAUUCAAAAGAGCAGUGGUGACCUUUUAGCAAAGCUUCUAUACUAGUUCGAAUGAGUUACAGAACAUUCCACUCCAUCAAAUGACAGUAUAAACAAAUCACUUCAAGAGAGGCUUGACUUGUGACACAGAUGGACCCAAGCUUUCAUGCCAUACCCUGAGACAGAAACCCAGCCGGGCACACUGGUGUUGGAGAGAGCAACACGCCUGAUGCUCACAACUGAUUAAAGGAUAAAGAUGAGCAGUGUGGAAAGCUGUUUAUGGGGAGAGUAUAACCCCUAUUAGGUAUAUCAGUUUAAAAGUAGAUCACAACAAUAAGGUUUCUUACACACAUUUGUAAGGAUCACUAUCAAUGGAAGAGGAGAGGAAGUGAGUUCUCACAAUGCAGUUUCCCCCUCCAGUGACUAAUUCUGAUAACUAAAUUCUAAUUCUUCCCAAUGCAUCGGUGCACCAGUAAUUAUGCAAAGAAAAUACGUGUGGUAUCCAUGUCCCCAAAAAGGUCUUUUCUCUUGAAAAUGUGCAUUUAAAUGAAAUUGAUUCUAGUUAGUUGUCCAAAAAUGCAUAAAUGUCUUCAGUCCUAUAAAAGGAACAGUAGACGAAGAGGACCUUACUGAGGUAUAGCAAGCAAUAAACCUCCCCUUCCGUUCUAGAUGUCCAUGAUCUUCAUAUACACCUUCACAACUACCCUUUGAAUUUUAAGCAUUUAGAGGGGUGUCUUUGUGAGCUGCUAUAUUCGUCCAUCUUUAUGACUUUUAUGGGGGAUCCCGAGUCUAACUCAUGAUAGGAAAAUAUUUAUUUAUCCACCUGGCCUGAAGAACAAGGCAGGGGGAGGGCAUUACUAUUGCUUCAUCAAGAUCCCAGAGUCUUAGGACAAUUUAUUACAUUCUCAUGUGCAAGAUUUAA